GGGGAGGAGUUUUCUCCACACAAGGCGGAAGUGUUGUGCAGCCGCUCAUGCGCUGAGCUGUCAUUGUGCACUGGACACUGUUUCAUUUUACUAACUUGUGGCUAAAAGAGGAGUCAGCAGCUCUGUGCUCGUUAGUGGAUGGUGAAAAACCACAGCGCUGACAUGCAGCUGUACUAUCUCCAUCACAAUCAGGAAGGAAGCGCAUGUCGGGCAUUACAGCUCCACAUCUUUGCAGAGACAUUUUGAAUAUUGUACAUUAUUGACUGGUCUGAUUGACUUUGGACAUGAGAACCACGUUGGUCCUGGUUCUACUUGCUCUCUGCUGCUGCUUGGUCAAUGGCACACUCUCCAAAACGGAUGCAAAGAAAAGUCACAAAAUUGAAGUUGAGAGCUUCCCUUCAGACUUGCUUGUGGUGGAGAGGGGGCUGGUGGUCUCAGAUCCACACUGGAAAGACAUAGUGAAGGAGGAGAAGAGGUACUGUGCUCAUGUCAAGAAAGCUUUCAAUGGACAAGUGCUUGGAUACGUCACACCGUGGAACGCUCAUGGAUACAACAUAGCCAAGCUGUUUGGUCCUAAACUGACCUCCGUGUCUCCAGUUUGGUUACAGCUGCGCAGACGAGGCCCGGAAACAUUUGACGUCUCUGGACUUCACGAUCAUGACCCAGGCUGGGUCAAAGCUCUACGAAAGUCCAACAAGAAAGUCCGAAUAGUCCCACGAGUGCUGCUGGACGGCUGGUCAUAUCAGGACUACAUGAGCGUUCUGGGCAGCGAGGACGAGAUUGAGGAACUGGCCUCUGAACUGGUCGAUGUUGCUAAGACAGAAGGAUUCGAUGGCUUCACUUUGGAGCUAUGGAGCCAACUUGGAGGCAACAAACGAAAGGAGCUCGUUCACCUUAUCAAACACGUCUGUGAGAUGUUAAAAGCCAAGAAACUGGACUGCAUUCUUGUCAUUCCUCCCUCUAUCACCAGUGCGGGGCAGCCAGGAAUGUUUGGUCCAGAGGAGUUUGAGGAGCUGGCUCCGGCUGUGGAUGGGUUCAGCCUCAUGACCUACGACUACUCCAGCUCCAGGUCUGGUCCAAGCUCCCCCCUGCCCUGGGUUAGAGACUGUGUGAUGCAGCUGGCCCCCACCUCUCAGUGGAGACACAAGAUCCUCCUGGGACUCAACCUGUACGGCCUGGACUUCUCUGGGCAGGGAGCAGAGCCCAUCCUGGGGGGCAGGUACAUUGAGCUCAUCCGAGAACAUCGACCGAAACUUCUCUGGGAUGAAAAUGCAGCAGAGCAUUAUUUUACUUACAAAAGAAACAACGCAGGUAAACAUGUGGUGUACUAUCCUACAUUAAAGUCCAUCUUCAAGAGGAUUUCUUUGGCCACUGAACUGGGAACUGGCAUCUCUUUGUGGGAGCUGGGUCAAGGACUGGAUUAUUUCUAUGAUCUACUAUAG